AUGCCCCUCCCCUCACAUUUCCGUAUUGGCUCAGUAGCGAUCAGCAACAGUACUUAUAGACACCCCAGUGCACAGGAAGGUAAGCUGCUGUCAGGCUUCACUCGUUCUGCCAGAUCUCGAGUAGCUGCCGGACGCUGUUUAGCAGCCUGCUACCACGGCCACUGGUUAAAAGUCGUGCGUGGCCAUGUCUCCUCACUAACUUUGUACAUAGUGCUCAUGAGCCCCACAUAUGGGGGCAGUGACAGCAGCCCAGGAGGUGGGAAACUGCAACCCCCUGAUGUGAGGAGCCAAACGUCAGGAGGGGAGGGCACCGGCUCAUCAACCCACAGGGCAGCACAAGAGCAAGCGGCCCCAAAUCUCAUUGCCCCAUGUCCUAAGUUAGACGUCACUAUAUUUGGUAUGGUAGUCCCGCAGCGGGGUAUCUUGGUGGUCAAGGAGCCGUUCAGACAGCAAGCUUCAGAUGGGAUACGCCUUGCACCCCCGCUCUGGCAGCGGGCGUUACAGCACUGUCACCGAAUGGAGUCCCAGACUCUCCAGCCAGAGAGGGGAGUGGCUAAAGUGAGAGGCACAGUGUUACUCGAGCCCUUGGAUGAUUGCCAGUCUCUGCAACAGGGUCUGCUAAUCUCACCAGCUAUGGUCAACAUCCACCAAGCACGCCCAGGGACUCCUCUUCCGAACGAGGUGCAACUGGCCAUAAAAUGCACCAGUGUGGCUACUCAAUGCGCUAUGUCAGUCAUCCCUGAGAGGUCAACAGAUGACGUGAAGGUGUUGCAGCAGGCCGAUCCAGCUAUCGCCCCGGUGUUGGCCUUUAUACAGCGGCAGUGUGCCCCAGGAAGAAUGGAGAGGGAGGCACUUGACCCUGCGGCCAGAAGCCCCACUAGCGGUCAGCUCCGCCCCCGGGUCAUGGGUUGGACUCCUACCAGCCCCACAUACGGUCAGCCCUGCCCCCAGCUCACGGUUUGGACCACCACCAAGACGCUCUACUCGUCAGACAGCCGGCCAGCAUCCUAA